AUGACCGAAGGCUCGACAUCUUCUAUGCCGCUCAAGGUACAGGACGCCCUGGAGUCAACGGCGGUGGCGGUGGCGGCAAUAUCAGCGACAGCAUCAACUCCAUCGUCCUCGGCCGUCUCCUCAACUCUUGGAAGCAGGCUUGCAACACAUAAACCCUCGUUAGUCCCUCGCACAGAGGAUACAGCUGCUCCGGGAUAUGAGCUCCAGUGGUCACAUCUCAUUCACGCCGAAAUCAUCUCUGUCACAAGUGCCAUGCGACGAAACUCGCGUUGGUCCGGAAUGAGCGUCAGCGGUUUGAGUAUGGGUAGUUUGGGUAUGAAUAUGGGUCUUCGUGGACGCGAGAAUCAAAAAGAAGGCACUUAUCGCAAUCAGGAGAGUCCUCUCAUGGUUGGCUUCAAUGAUCUACGAUCGCGCCUCGCUACAACUAUAGCUGUUCAAGACAUGGAUGCGGUUGCAUUGCUGGACCCUUUUCUGGAGGUGAUUCAGUCCGGCGACACGAACGGACCCAUCACAGGCGCAGCACUUAGCUCAGUCGAAAAGUUCCUCUUGUACAAGAUUAUUGACCAGGACUCACCUAAUGUGGCGCAUGCAAUGCAGCGGUUGGCGGUGGCAGCAACCCAUUGCAAGUUCGUGGCGAGUGAUUCGGUCUCGGACGAGAUCGUUCUUUUGAAGAUCCUCCAGGUUCUGCGUAUAGCCUUGACAAGCGGCCCUGGAGACUUUUUGAGCGAUGAAUCUGUAUGCUCUAUGAUUGAAACAGGACUUAGCAUGUGUUGUCAACUCCAACUCAGUGAAAUGCUACGAAAAUCUGCUGAGCACACCAUGGCGGUCAUCACAAAGACAAUGUUUGAAAGGCUUCGAACCAUUACCGCUCCAGUCGAAACGAUUGAUAAAGAAUCAGAGGAUCCUGUGGAGAAUGAGACCAUUCUUGUGCAAGCCGCCAAUAUUCAAGAGGACGCGGAGCAUGUCAACCUUACAAUUAACCACAAUCCUCCUACGGUCGAGACUGAGGCCGAGGCAGUUUUAUCCAAAGCGCAAGAGCUCGCCAGCGACAAAAAAGGAGCUCAGGAGGCUGAGAAGACGGUGAAGGACGACUUAAUUCUGAGCAACGAUCAGGGAUUAGUGGAGAUACUGCUGGAGACAGCUCCACCAAAAUCCUAUGGCCUUCCUUCGAUCCGUGAGCUCUUGCGAGUGCUAAUUUCACUUUUGAAUCCACACGAUCAACAGCAUACGGAUCGCAUGCGCCUGAUGGCCCUAAGCAUUUUGGAUGUUGCGUUGGAAGUCGGUGGAAAAAGCAUCACCAAGUUUCCCGCACUCAUGUCGCUCGCAGCGGAUGACAUGUGCAAAUAUCUCUUCCAGUUGGCGAGGACGGACAACAUUCCAAUCUUGACGUUGGCGCUGCGAGUGAUCUCGACUGUUUUCGACACUAUGAAAUCCCAUUUGAAGUUGCAGCAGGAGCUCUUUCUUUCGUUCUUGUUAGAACGCCUGAGCCCGCCUGCUUUCGCGCUGAAGCCUUUGCCAUACAAUCCCGAUUUUGGUGAGCCUCUUCGACCCACAGUUGCCACUCCAGAACCCGACAACAAUUCGCGCGCUGGAUCACCAAGUCCCUCUGUUAAAAGUUCGAAGGGGGAGAAGCCGGACACGACUGUUGCGCAUGGAGAAGUUCGAGAAUUGCUUUUGGAGUGCUUAAGUCAGUUUGCUCGUGCACCGACAUUCAUGGUUGAUCUCUGGGUCAACUACGACUGUGGACUGGACUGCGGUGACAUGUUCCAGGAUAUGAUCAAGUUUUUGACUAGGAAUGCAUUUCCCGACUCGACAACAUACUCCGCCAGUAGCUCGCAUAUGCUCUGCAUGGACUCCUUGCUGCUCUUUAUCAACCACAUGGUGGACCGUUUGUCGACUCCAAAGGAUGAAGCAAAAGCCCUUGAAAAGGGUUUGGAGAGCUAUGACACACUUCGUGAGCGAAGACUGCAGAAAGAAAUUUUGGUCAAGGGCGCAGCCAAGUUUGAUGAAAAUCCUAAGGCGGGCCUUGCGUAUUUGGAAGCUCACAAGAUGAUCUCGAGUUUGAAUGAUCCUGUGGGCGUGGCCCAUUUCCUCAAAACGAGCACGCGCCUGAGCAAGAGAUUGCUUGGCGAAUACCUUGCCAAGCCUGCCAACUCCGAAGUUUUGAAGGCGUUUAUCCAGCUCUUUGAUUUCCAUGGGAAACGCCUUGAUGAGUCGCUUCGCGAGCUUUUGGAGACAUUCCGGCUGCCCGGUGAAUCACAGCAGAUUGAAAGGGUCAUGGAGUUGUUUGCUGCGACCUACUUUGCCACCAAGCCGAAGGCUAUUGCCUCUCAAGACGCCGCGUUCAUUCUCGGGUAUGCAGUUGUGAUGUUGAACACGGAUCAACACAACCGUGGCGUCAAAGGGCGCAUGUCUCUCGAGCAGUUCAGCAAGAACUUGAGAGGAGUCAACAACGGAGAGAACUUUCCACCAGAGUACCUGGCAGAGAUCUACGAGGCCAUCCGGAAACGCGAGAUUGUGUUGCCGCAAGAACAUGAGGGACAGCUUGGAUUCAACUAUGCUUGGAAGGAACUCUUACGCAGAGCUGAGACUACUGGGCCGCUUGUCAUUUCCAGUACAUCGAUGUACGACAAGGAGCUCUUCAUAUCAUCAUGGAAGCCCAUCAUGUCUGCCAUCUCCUAUGCGUUCAACACGGCGCAAGAUGAUGCAACGCUGCAAAAGUCGCUAACCGGCUAUUACCAGUGUGCCAUUUUGGCGGCCCAUUACCAGCUCCCCGAGAUUUUUGACCGUGUGACAAUGUCGUUAGCAAGGAUGACCGGAUUGCUGGACACUCCGCACAACCCGGCCGACAAUCGCGACGUCGUCGUAGACGGCACCGCAAUCACCGUCAGCGACCUCGCAGUGCAAUUUGGAAAGAGUUACAAAGGACAAUUGGCCGCGGUGGUGGCGUUCGGAGUGGCGAAUGAGCACGGCAACAUGAUACGUGCUGGAUGGAAGCCUAUUUUGGAAAUCAUCAAGAACCUGUUUAUCAAUAACCUUCUUCCAGGAUCGAUGUUGGAGGUGGAGGACUUUUUGGCAGGAACCACAAUGAUCCUUUUGAAGGCGCCCGUCGUACCCGAGGUCAAGGAUAAAGUCCGGCAGGACAGUUCACUGCUCUCGACUCUUUCUUCGUACCUGCUGUCCUCUUCCUAUUCAUACGAGACCGCUCGUGAGGAGCCGACGCCAGAGGAAAUUGAAUCAACGCGCUGCACUGCUGACUGCGUUGCUGCCUGUCGUCUGGAAGAGUUGUUCACGGACAUUCGAUUGCUGGAAGACCUGCCUCUUACCCAGCUUAUGGAGGCAAUCAAGUUUGUGGCAGAUGGAAACUCAGUCACCAAGGCAACGAAGUCACCUACCCCCUCCAAGCUGUACAACCCAGCCAGCGUGUUCUUUUUGGAACUUAUGAUCAGUCUGACCGUUCAGAACCGAUAUCGUGUCCAGGCGCUGUGGCCCAUUGUGUUUGAGCAUUUGAGCGACAUCAUUCGUGAGGCUGGAUUACAGAGUGUGCUGCUCGUCGAGCGUGCGGUCGUGGGCCUGCUGAGGCUUUGUAUCCGCUUGGCGCACAACGACGACAUGUCAAAGCAGGUAUUGGAUGCUCUGGACCUGCUGUUGGGCCUUCCUAUUGACGUCGUGCCAGAGGUAGCGGAGCAAAUGAUGGCGGGCGUUUUAACCUUACUCAAGGCCGAUACCUCCUGCGUCCGACCCAACUUGAACUGGGAUGUCCUUUUCGCGCUGCUAUCGUCGACUUCCAACCAUCCAGAGGCAGCCAAGUACUCUUUUGAGGCAAUCAGCAUGUUUGUAGCCGAGAACGGCGGAGGGAAUGUGAGCGUAGAGAACUAUGCCGACUGCGUAGACCUGCUGAUCCGUUUCGCCGCUGCAGGUGCUGUUGGGGCAGAGAGUGUGAUGAGACAGGAGAGUGGCCAACGAGGGGGCAAGAGCCAGAUGUCUAAAGCUCAGGCCAGCGCUGUCGAGCGGGCUAAGAAGGCGGUGGAAAUGUUAUACAAGUUGCACAGCCAGGCACCCCGAUUGAUUUCGCAAUCCAAAAUGAGCGCCGACUUGACUUGGUCCGCGUAUUGGUUCCCGAUUCUAGUUGGCCUGACGCAGCAGUGUUCGAAUCCGUGCCGGGAUGUCCGAAACCAUGCGAUGAUCUACCUUCAGCGAGCAUUGCUUUUGCCUGAGAUUGUGACAGAUAGGAUCCCAGAGUGGGUGGUUGUGUUUGACAAGGUCUUGUUUAAAUUGCUGGAGGAUCUUUUGAGAGCCGAAAUUGUGCAGCAGGAUCCUGCCGGUUUUGAGGAGACGCGAAGCAAGGCAUGCGCGAUUGUAUGCAAGACAUUCUUGCAUUAUUACUUCCGGUUGUUGGAGUGGGAAGGAUUGCAAGCACUUUGGAUGAACGUACUAGAUUACAUGGACGCAUUCAUGCAGACAGCGCAGAGCGACCAAUUGUACGAGGCCGUACCAGAGUCGCUCAAGAACUGCUUAUUGGUCAUGUCUACUUCAGAAACGUUUUCAGAAGCAACUGCCAACAGCCCAGACAGCUUGUGGAAUGUGACCUGGAAUAGGAUCAACAAAUUCCUCCCUAAUCUCAAGGCCGAGAUCUUUCCACCCCAAGUGACAGAAGGUGGAUCAUCUUAUGCGGCGUUAAUGAUGGGAGUCGGUAAGAACAUCUUCUCUGUCGUCGGUGCAACAGAGUAUCCAGCUUCCUCUCCACCUACAUCAACACCAGAAGUGUCGGCAAGCGGUAGCGCCGCGGACGUUAGCACAGGAGUAGAUCAAGUGGAGAAUCUUCAUCACUACGAACAAGCAGCACAGUCGUUGGAUUAUUACCCCAGAGAACAAGCAGCUGCAGCUGCAGCUGCAGUUAUUGAGGACUCGGGUCUGUUGUAA